CCAUGGCCGAGCAGCUUUUCUGCCUAGAAUUGCUAGUUAACUGGAUACAGCUCGAGGUGGGAAAAUUGCAGCCACCGCCCGGGAAACAGGCCGACGAAGAGGAGACUUCAUCUGUGCACAGGCCCCGGUGCCCCGUGGUGGCCUUCCGCCUGCUGGACUUUCCCACGCUGCUCAUCUACCCGCCUGGCGGCCCAGCCACGCCCGCCCCGGAACCCAGGCCCGGGCUGCUCAGCUUCGGUCGCGGCAAGUCCUGCCUCUUUCGCCUGCACCCUGCCUCUCUGCACCGUUCGCUCCUCCGGACCCCCCUUUACACUUUACUUUUGCAACUGCUCCCUGGGCUUCCCACCCCGACUCCGCAGCUUCUGGGUAGCUGCAGUAUUUCGUUAGCUGCCGCUGCGCGCAAAAUUCUGGGAUCCCCAGCAUUAGGCUCCUCCCAGGGUGAUCGAGGAAGUUUUCAGCUACAUAAUCAAGUAGGGGAGCAUAUUGGGGACAUUGCUCUGAGCUACCGCCUGACUGUUUUGGGAAGCAGCUUGCUAGCACAUCUUGACAGGCCUAUCUCUGACAAAGGAGGCCAAGUAGAAGGUGUAGAGUUGCAGCAGGCCAUAAAGAUCAGUUCCCAAACCCAGCGGGAAAAACAGCCGUCAAGCUCGGACACUAGCCGAAUCGAUGCUGAUAGGCCUAUGGUGGAUUUAAAGAUUCAAAAAGCAAAGAAGGGCUCAAAGGAGAUAGUUUUCCACCAUAAGGCUAGCUCGGAUAGUACUAGUUCUGUGGAAAAUGGCAAAACCAUUCGAGUUUGUGCAAAUGUAAGGACCGUUAGUCACCCAAAUCAAGAAGUAACAGAAUUGGACAUUGAGACCAAUAUAUUUUGCCCUCCUCCUCUAUAUUACACUAACUUGACUCAAGAAAAGACAUUUCAGGUACCAGGUAAAAUCACCAUUCAGCCUCAGACGACUCUAUCUGAGGAACUGCCUGGUGCUUCUCCAGAAAAACAACUUGUAAAUUCUUCAACACAUGUUUACUCUUUAAAACAUACAAAUUUUACAACACCCGAGAAUCCUCCAAUGCUUCUUAAUCCUCCACAUGAUCAGGAUAUAGGAGCAGAUAAUCAAACUAAAUAUCAACCUCAAACUGAACAAAAUAGAAUUAAUCUAAUAAAUCAAUUGCCAUUGUUAAAUGCAUUGAUGGUUGAGUUGUCCUUAUUAUAUAACCAACCCAUGGUAAAUCCUCUUCAUGUACAUCCUCAAUUGGCCUGGUUAUACAGAUGUGAGGAUAAAAAGUCACCAGAAUCUGCCAAAUCCACAUCUGAAUCUAAAUCUAGGAAGGAUAAGCUUUCUGUGGGUGAGGAUGAAAAGACAGUGCAUCUUCAGAAUAAAAAGAACCAAGUUGAAAACCUAAAGAAUGAUAAAUAUGUUAAAGAGAAAAAUGCUGUCCCACCAAGGGUGCCAAGGGGGAAGCUUCUUUAUGGUUUAACAAAUACACUUAAACUACGUUUAAAGCAAACAAAUCCUGCUAUGCUAGCAGUACAUGAAAAAAGAGAACAGUAUAGAAAACUACAAGCACAGAUGCUGGGUGCAAAACUCAGAAUAUCUUCUUCCAAAACUUUGAACGUUGCAAAACAAAACCAGAAGCCAUAUCAACUGCCUAGAGAUAAAGAUUUAAAAUCAGAUGCCUCUUUUGCUAAAUACAGGGAUACCUCAAAGCAAAGUAGUAGGGUUUUUGAUUACCUCAGCUCAGAGAAAGAAAGUAAACUGAACCGUGCAACUGAAAAGACAGUUGACUGUGGUAAAAAUAGAGUCAAUAAUUCAUUGAAAGAAACUGUGAGUUCUGCAAAUUCCAUUAUCCCAGAAAGGUUUACACAUACAAAUGUUUUUGAAAGAAAAUUAGAAAUGAAAGUACAAAGUCCUAGUGGUUUCCAAGAGAUUGCAGUAGACAGAAUUGUAGAAGAUAAACAAAUAAAUGACGAGAAAACCAAAACCACUGAUCAUAACAUUUUAUUUGCUGAUAUGACUGAAGAUGAAGUAAAUAAAAACAGUUCCUCUGAAAGUAUCUCACUGGAGUAUUCAGAUGAUUUUACCAGCACUUGUUAUUCUGAAGAUUUCUAUACAACUGUGGAUACCAGAGUAGUUUUACCAGCUCAUGACAGCAGUUCAAGGACAGAUAGUCCCAAACACAGUCAAUAUAAAAGCAAAUCUAGAGUAACAAGACUGUCCAUAAGGAAAAAUAGCAGUGAAAAGAGUUCUAUUAUUAACCCACCUUUUUCUGCUGGAUCACCAGAACACUCAUAUAAAAGGUCUUAUAUUGCAAAAUCUCAAAAUAAAAGUUUGGAGGAUGCUUCUAGUAUUCCUAGCAGUGAUUUAUCUUCAUUACCAUGGACUGAGGAAAAAGAAAUUCAGGAGGACCAAAAUAAUACACGUAAUUAUAAAUUGAUUAAGAGCAACCAAGAUACCUCUGAUAAAUGUAAAAAUAUUAGUUCUAAAUCCUCAGACAGAAGGCAGUCACCUCAGACAUCUCAAGUGAGUUCUUAUGUGCCAUCAAAUUUGUCAGAACUGAAAUUUAAUGUCCUGGAUUUCAGCAGCACAGCAGAACACCUUGAUGAAGACAGUGAUGAAGUUGGUUCAUUAAGUAUUUCAAAGCAUUGCAAAGAUAUUUGUGAAUUAGUAGUAAAUAAACUGCCAGGAUAUACAAUGUAA